AUGACUGGCAGCUGCUGUUCCAGGAAAUGCCCCUCCACACCAGCCAUCUCUCUUUGCUCCAGGGAGGUGAGCUGCAGAGGACCCAUCUGCUUGCCCAGUUCCUGCCGAAGCCAGACGUGGCAACUGGUGACUUGUCAAGAUGGCUGUGGAUCAUCUAGCUGUGGCCCCCAAUGCUGUCAGCCCUCCUGUCCCGUGAGUACCUGUGCCCAGCCUGUGUGCUGUGAAGCCACGAUCUGUGAGCCCUCUUGCUCCGUGAGUACCUGUGCCCAACCUGCGUGCUGUGAGGCCACAAUGUGUGAGCCUUCCUGCUCCGUGAGUACCUGUGCCCAGCCUGUGUGCUGUGAGGCCAUGGUCUGUGAGCCUUACUGCUCCAUGAAUACCUGUGCCCAGCCUGUGUGCUGUGAAGCCACGCCUGGUGAACCUUCUUGCUCCAUAAGCAGAUGCUGCCAACCUGUGUGCUGUGAGGCCACCUCCUGCCAACCAGUCCUCUGUGUGCCCCCUUCCUGCCAGCCAGUUCUCUGUGAACCCACCUGCUGCCAGCCAGUCACCUGUGAGCCCAGCUGCUGCUCAGCUGUCUGCACCGUGCCCAGUUCCUGCCAACCAGUGGUCUGUGAGCCUGCUUGCUGUCAGCCGGUGUGCCCAUCUCCCAGCUGCUGUCUAUCUGUCUGCUCGGUGACCAGUAGCUGCCAGCCUAUCUGCUGUGACCCCAGUCCUUGUGAGCCAUCUUGCUCAGAGGCCAGUAUCUGCCAGCCAGCUACCUGUGUGGCUCUGGUCUGUGAGCCCGUUUGCCUCCGCCCCGUCUGUUGUCUUUCAAGCCCUUGUGAGCCAUCUUCUGUCUCUAGCACCUGCCAAGAGCCCUCUUGUUGUGUCUCCAGUAUCUGCCAACCCAUCUGCUCAGAUGUCUGUGCGCCCAAGCCCUGCUCACAAAGUGUCUGUGUGCCCAGCCCAUGCCAAUCUACUAGCUACAUAGUCAAGCGCUGCCGGUCCAUCAGCUGUGAGCCCGUUUCCUGCACUUCCACCCCCUGUCAACCUCUUUGCUGCCGCCCAGGGUCUUCUGCAUCUGCCAUCUACCAGCCAGCUUGCUCUCGGCCCACUUUCUACAUACCCAGUUCGUGCAAACAGCCUUGCAGUACUUCAAUUUCCUACCGUCCGAUUUACCACUCAACCUGCUCUGGCCCCAUCACCUACCGGCAGCCGUAUGUGACGUCCAUCUCCUACCGCCCAGCCUGCUACCGCCCUUGUUACUCCAUCCUGCGCCGCCCAGCCUACCUUACUUCCUUCUCCUACCGUCCAGUCUGCUCCCGUGUGCCUUGUGCUGAGUCUGAUUCCUGCAAACGCGAUUGCAAGAAGUCCACUUCCAGUCAACCAGAUUGUGCUGACUCAUCCCCCUGCAAGGAUGAUGUCUCAGAGACAAGUCCCUUCUUGCCCACUGCUGCCAAAUCCAUGAGCUCGACCACCUGUGAGGUCGCAGCCGGCCAGCCUGCUGCCAGCAAACCUGCUGACUCCUGA